AUGCACGUCUCUUAUCUUGUUGCUUUCCUCGGAGCCAUAGGGCCCACCCUAGGACUUCCUGUCUCCAACAAUGACCAGCUAGAGUCCGCUUCUCAGGCCCUUGAGAAGCGUUUCUACUAUACCCAUUACGUGGCACCCGAGAAGCGCGAUGAGGCUUCCGAGCAGUCUGGCGAGGCCCUUGAGAAGCGUUUCUACUAUACCAAUUACGAAGCACCCGAGAAGCGCGAUGAGGCUUCCGAGCAGUCUGGCGAGGCCCUUGAGAAGCGUUUCUACUAUACCAAUUACGAAGCACCCGAGAAGCGCGAUGAGGCUUCCGAGCAGUCUGGCGAGGCCCUUGAGAAGCGUUUCUACUAUACCCAUUACGUGGCACCCGAGAAGCGCGAUGGGGCUUCCGAGCAGUCUGGCGAGGCCCUUGAGAAGCGUUUCUACUACACCAAUUACGUGGCACCCGAGAAGCGUGACGAGGCUUCCGAGCAGUCUGGCGAGGCCCUUGAGAAGCGUUUCUACUACACCAAUUACGUGGCACCCGAGAAGCGUGACGAGGCUUCCGAGCAUUCUGGCGAGGCCCUUGAGAAGCGUUUCUACUAUACCCAUUACGUGGCACCAGAGAAGCGUGACGAGGAAGCCACCACCAGCGUCUAA